GGGUUAUCUCCCGGUUUUAGGUAGGGUAAAAAUCUUACCAUGUACGAUCGAAUAGUUUUGGAACAUGCUCUAAGCGAGCGCAAAGGCAACUCUGGGCAGAGCAACUUAGCGACACCGAAGGUGUGGAUACUGGUGAAAGGAGAUCGUACGACUGAUUCUUCCAAAUGUUGAGAAUCAUCAUCAAGCCUCUCGCCCAUUACGUAUCCACUGUUUGUUCCGCCUCAACAAGCUAUCUACUGCCAUCUAAUUCUCCAACCAGGCUGUUGGCUCCUUGGAUUUCGAUUCUCUCUUCGCCAUUCUCCCACUUAUCCAAACAGAAGGAAGGUAGCUACGACGUUGUUUCCCUUUUCAAUAGAGACCCAACAGCUCCGCCGAAACUCUUCGUGGUUCAACCUCGUCUUCGUCCUAAUGCAUUUCUGCAAGCAAAGCUAAACGAGGCUUUGUGUCUUGCAAAUUCUCUAGAAGAACAACGAGAUGGGUAUUUUCAUAUUGAUUUCUUCGACAAGGACAUACCCCCUCACGUCGUAGUUCAAAAUCCUUCUGCAAGAGGGGCCCGGGCUGAUACAUACUUUGGACCAGGGACUGUGGAUACCAUCAAAUGCCAUUUGAAUGCGGCAGAGUCGAAGGUAAGUGAAGUUGAUGCUAUUUUUGUGAAUGCCAUUCUCUCUGGUAUUCAGCAAAGGAAUCUGGAGCGGGCAUGGGAUAAACCUGUAUUGGAUCGCGUGGGUCUCAUAAUAGAGAUAUUCAAUGCUCAUGCCUACACGAAGGAGGCCAAGUUACAGGCUGAACUGGCUGCUUUAAUGUAUAAAAAAUCGAGACUGGUUCGUGUGCGUGGCCUUGAUGGACGUUAUACAUUUGGUGCUACGGGAGAAGCCGAAGUUGUUAGUGCCAGAGGGAGAGGGAGUGGGGGGCGUGGCUUUAUAAGUGGUGCAGGAGAGACUGAACUUCAACUCCAGCGGCGAAGAAUUUUGGAACGAAGAAAUCAUCUUUAUUCCCAAAUUGAAGAGGUUCGUCGUACACGUUCUUUGCAACGUGCUUCUCGAAAGAGGCAUGGAGGUUCAAAUGGCCAACAUUUAGCUACUGUUGCGGUUGUUGGGUACACUAAUGCUGGGAAGUCAACAUUAGUCAGUGCACUCUCAGACAACUAUCUCUAUAGUGAUUCUAGAUUGUUUGCAACUGUCGAUCCCAGAUUAAGAAGUGUUUUUCUUCCUUCUGGGAGAAAAGUACUACUAAGUGAUACGGUGGGAUUUAUUUCAGAUUUGCCUGUGCAGUUGGUCGAAGCAUUUCAUGCAACUUUAGAAGAAGUUGUUGAAGCAGACUUGUUAGUGCAUGUGGUGGAUUGUACCGCCCCCAACCUUGAUGAGCACCGAUUGACUGUUUUUCAAGUACUUCAGCAGAUAGGAGUUUCUAAAAUGAAGCUUGAAGAUAUGAUUGAGGUUUGGAACAAGAUUGAUUAUCAUGAAGAAGGCAAAAGUAUAGAUGAGUCUUGUGAUGAUGAUAAUGGGAAGGCUGGCAAUUCGUCAGGAGAAGAUAGUAUAGGGGGAAAGCUAUCAUCUGUGCUAGAUGAUGCUGGAACUAACAAUUUUAUUGAACUGGAAAAGGGUGAUAUUACGAAAAAGCAAGCAACUGAAGUCAUUUCUCAAGAAAAUUUUGGAAACAGAAUGGAGGGACAAGAGAGCGAUUGUUGUGAAGACUGGUUGGCAGAUGAUGAUGAUCAAAAUCAAAACCCUUGGAUUGAUGAAGGGCAGCGGAUGGGAGAAGAUGUACAGGCUUCAGGUGAUCAAUCUGGUCCACAUGUCAGAAUAUCAGCUACGUUAGGAGUUGGUUUGCGAGAGUUGCUACAACUCAUAGAUAACAAGCUGAAGGUUCAGGAUGAGAAGCUGAAAGCUCAAAAUGUUUUAGAGAGGAAUGUUUUUGAACGUAAAUGGAGGCCAUCUCAGAUAGAGGCAGAUUAAUUUUGAAAAGAUUAUGCUUCCUUGCAUCUGCAAUAAGCAUGUAUGUGUGUGGCAAUCAUCUCGAUGAAGCACUAAAUAUUAGUUAAAAAUUAUGCAGGUCUUGCUCUGUUGCUUACAUUUCCAGCCAAUGUUGAUUUUUCUUUUUUCUUUUCUUUUUUCUUUUUUAAAAAAAUUCUUUUUGCAAAACGUUAUACUGGGAUGAUCUAGCUUGCAACUUCAGGUCUUGUACAGAUAAAUUGUCUUGGAAUAAUAAUAAUAAUAAAGCCUUUUGGCUCCUUUAAGUUCUCA